AUGUUUGCACGCCUCAAAUCCGACAACGAAGUCAGGGCCAAGUCCAAUGCCGACGUCAACACCAAUGGAAACCUCAACGGGAAUGCGGCAGUCCAGCAGACUCGCGAGCCAGAGCGCUAUCAGAGCUCUGCUCCGCCAGCCUUCUCGUCGGCUGUAGAACGAAGGGAAUUGGCGGACAGCGCUCGAGUUCCUGUCCCCGGAGCCAAUGCUCGCCAGCCCAGCGCACAUCAGCGGAGAUUUAGCCAGCCGCCGCCCGAGUCGGUGCAGCGAUCCCAUUCGCAGUCCCCAGCCAGCCAACAUCGCCCCAUGGACAUAUUUACGGGCUCCCAAUUAGGCGACAGCUUUAUGAAUUCUGGCCUAACAACGCCGCAGUACGAGCCAUCCGAAGCCGAUCACGAACCAAUGCCGGAUAAGAAGAAUACAGUCGUUACUGCUUCGGCUCCUGCUGUCUCUAUCGCUGCUCCGGCCGCCAUCACCAGACCUGCCCCCCGCUACAACUUUGAUAGGAGAUUUCUCCCAAAUGACGGUGCCGCCUUUCAGCUCGGAGAAGACCUCCUCAUGAGAGUAGUUCCAGCUAAUGGACACCGUAACGCCGCAUCCACAUACAUGAACGAUGGGUUUAAUAGAACCGCCGUCAAUGGGUACAGCAGACCACCUGGAAACUAUCGACCAACCUACGCUCGACUAGAGGCAUCGCCAGAGAAACAGCCCGUCUUGCCCAUGCGUGAUAUCAAGGUUCGACAUGUGCCGAGGCCGAGACAGUUUGAGUACGACGACAGAGAAAAGAGGAGCACAUCACCUGCUUUUGCAAACAGAGGGCGGCCGAUGAGAGAUAGAAUAGACGAUUUUCGCCCAAUGGCCAGAUUUAGAGACCUAGAGGAGGUAGAAGAUGAAGAGGGGGCAGCUUACGAAGAGGAGCAUGGAGACCAGGACGAUGGCACAUCCACUGUGGGUGGCCGCGAAGACGGGCAUGCUACUCCGAGAGUAAGAGGGCAUCCUCUAUCACCACAUCGAGCUGCGCUGGAGCGCCUCAUGACAACAACCAUUCCACCUUUUAAGCCAGCGGCGCCCAAAGACAAGAAACGUAGACGAGGAAGUCUCGAUUACGACGACAUGGCUCUCAGCAACAUGGCCUACGCCGAUCUCGAUAAAGAACCAUUCGACUUUGACCCCUCUAAGGCGACAACGCCGACUAGUUCAGGUGCUCCUGCAGGUACUGUGGAGGCCCGCGUCGCUAGGAUAGAGCAGGGUAUGCGCCAGAGCGAGAAGGAGCAGCGCCUCAUGUUUGCAAACAUGGAUUUUGACGACUGGGAAGAGGCGGGUGACUGGUUUGCCGAGCAGUUCUCCGAGAUUAUGCAUAAAAUGAGGGUGGUUAGGCGUAACAAGCGGAAAAUGAUGAGGGAGUUUGAGGACGAGGCAGCUUCUCGCGAGGAGGCGGUCCGGGAACAGACCGUGGCUAUUGACAAAAAACUGAACCGGAUGCUGCAGGAGGGCCAGCGUUUGAUGACUCCAAACGACGCCAAGUCUGCCCAGCAGUGA